UGCAUUGAAUGUCAGUUGUCUUUGUCCUUGGGCGUGUCUAACUGUUCAAAAUCUGUAAAAGAACCGAAAAAAAUUAAAAUUAUUGAGUAAAUUUUAUAUUUCAACAAAAUAUUGAUAUUGUGUAAAGUUUAUUGAAACUAUGCAAGUGUAAAAACGACAGUAAAAUGAAAACCUACAGAAGCUAUCUGCUACUAUUCGUACUUAUGGUACAUUGUAAUGCUAGUUACUAUGGAAGUGAAUCGAUAUCAAAUGGUAUCUUCGUAGAACCCAAAGUUGAAGGUGUGGACAUUGUAUCAUGGUGUACUACCUCUGUGUUAGAACAGAAGAAAUGUGAGAAACUCUCACAAACUGCCAUGCAAGACAAGGGACUGUUUGGAAGGGAUUAUAUUGAGAUACGAUGUAAAAGAGCAUUUGACACAGAGGAAUGUAUGACUUGGGUGGAUCAGGGGGAGGCGUCCCUUCUUGCCUUGGAUGCAGGAGAGGUGUAUGUUGCUGGGAGGUUCCAUUCUCUGGUGCCAAUCAUACAAGAGUUAUAUGGGCGUGGGGAGCCUUUCCAAUAUGCAGUGGCAGUGGUCAAGAAGGGUGGUUUACCAGCCGUGCAGCCCGGCGGUGGUCUGUAUGCGCUGCGGGGAGCGCGGGCCUGCUUCCCUGGUGUUGGCUCUCUGGCGGGAUGGGUCAUGCCAAUACACGUCUUAAUGCGUGAAGGCGGGCUGAAGGUGACGGAUUGCAACAAUCAUGUAAAAUCCGCAAUACAGUAUUUCGGUGAUUCGUGCGCCCCCAACUCUCUGAAGGACAUGUAUAACCCCAUAGGCGAUAACUCCGAUCAGUUGUGCAAACUAUGCGCCGGCGGGGCGGGGGUCAGGUGUACCCUGGCCGACCCCCACGCGGGGUACGAGGGCGCGCUCAAGUGCCUGCUGGCUGACGGCGGCGGCGACAUCGCCUUUGUGAGGGACACCACCAUACAACACACGCUGUUGUCACAGAGGAUACUAGGGGGAGUAUCGGCAGACCGCUUCGAGCUGAUCUGUCGCGACGGGUCCAGGAUGGCGGUGCAGGAGUGGGAGCGCUGCCACUGGGGCCGCGUGCCCGCUGACGCCAUCGUGACUACCAGCGCCGCCACCGUGCAGCAGAGGAAGAAAUACCAAAACCUCCUCCUCAAACUGUUGGAGUUAUACGGGGAACCGAACCCGCUGAACAACAUGUCGAACCGCACUGUCGACUACCAAGCCCGCGACCCUUACGGCAACAUACUCACUUCCACAACCACUGAGCGUGCGAGAUACUACGACACUCCUUACAGACCAAACCAGAAUGCUGAUAACAGUCUACAGUUCAACAACAAGCAAGAAAGCGCAUCUCCUUUCAAACCCCGCAUGGAUCUGUCAGGUCGUCCGAUAGAACUACCAUUUCAACUAUUCAAAUCGGAUGAAACUACUGACUUAUUGUUGCAGGACGCAACAGUAAACUUCAAGGUUAUCAAAGAGGACGAACAAGCAGCGAAUCACCUACUAAAUAACGAGUUUGUAGGCGACCAAGCUGUAAAAGCAGUCACGGGCAUUCGCGACUGCCCCGUCAAGCGGGCCACGCUCUGUGUCACCAGCGAAGCGGAGAUGGACAAGUGUGUUAAAAUGAGGGUGGCACUAAAAGCAGCAUUCCUAUCGCCCACGCUGGUGUGUUGGCGCGCCCACAGCGCUCGGCACUGUGAACGAGCGAUCGCUGAAGGAACGUGCGACUUCGCGGUGUUCGACGCGGCUGACAUGUUACACGCGGCUUAUAGGCACCGACUUGUGCCUUUCAUGCAGGAAAUGUACUCAAGCGGCAACAACUGGUAUUAUGCAGUAGCGGUGGCCAAGGAACAAGACCCAGACACUGAUCUCACAUAUCUUCGCGGCAAGAAUACUUGCCACACUGGCAUAGGCAUGGCGGCUGGGUGGAUAUAUCCGCUAGCUUAUCUUAUCUCUAACGGAUGGAUACGUUCGUACGGUUGUGACGGAGCGCAUGCCGCCGCACAAUACUUCACGAAGUCCUGCGCGCCCGGCGCUCUGAGCAGCGAGUAUGUCGACGCGGGGACUGUUCCUCAUGACAACCUGUGCCAUUUAUGUCACGGGGCUUCUUUCCGCCGCUGCCGCCGCGACGCCAGCGAGGACUACUACGGGCACGUGGGCGCCGUGCGCUGCAUGGUGGAGGGCGGCGGCGACGUGGCCUUCGUGCGCCACACCGCGCCGCACGAGGUGUCGGGCGGCCGGCGCCGCGAGUGGUGGGCCCGGGACCUUCUGCCGGACGACUUGCAGCUGCUGUGUCCGGACGGUACCCGUGCGAAAAUGCACGAAUACAAACACUGCAACCUUGGCCGAGUGCCGGGUUCUGUUUUGAUGGGAAGAGCUAACCAUACGGAGUUGGACACGUACUCCAAUCUCAUGGUGUAUGCUCAGCAGUUUUAUGGUGCCACGACGGCUGACGAGUUUAGCUUCAGCAUGUUCCUGUCACAAGCACCAUACGCAGAUUUGAUCUUCAGUGACGCAGCGGUCCGCCUAAAGCCGUUGCCACACAGCAAGCGAUCAGCAGAGUUAGUCGCGGGGAAGGCCCUCAUACGCGCGGCGCGAAUCGUUUCGUGUGACGCGCCACAAGCUUCGUAUUAUAUCGCUUCAGAUCCAGACUUUUUAUCCAAAGGUUUCAAAUUCGGUAUUCUAGAGCAUAUUAUUGCAUUUUCGAUAUUUGUGUUGGCGUUGUUGCGUUAAAAAACACUUACUUUGUAUGAAAAGCUAGACAAUUCUAGAAAUAGAAUUUUAGGCAAUAGAGAAAAAACCUGUAAAAAAACCAGCCAUUUUCAAAUGUGAAAGUCUUUUUAGUUCAAGACACAUUUGAAAAUACACACAUCACAAUAAAUGUCAACGUGUUUUCAUAUUUUGAAAAUGGCUCCAUACG